AUGUCCACCAACACCACGCUCCCAACCGCCAAGGAAGUCGAUUCAUACGUCGUGUCCCAUCUAGUCUCAACCGACCAAGCUCUAACCGACACUAUCUCCAGCUGUGCCAAAAGUGGAAUACCACCAAUUGCCAUCUCCCCGGCUCAGGGCAAAUUCCUUUCGCUGUUGACCAAGAUGUCGGGCGCACACAACGUGCUGGAAAUCGGCACAUUGGGCGGUUACUCCAGCAUCUGGUUCGCCAGGGCCCUGAAUGCCAAUGGCAAAAAGGGGAAAGUGACUAGCAUCGAGAUUCUCGAAGACAGGCGAGAGCUUGCUAUGCAAAAUCUGCGCAAUGCUGGGGUCAAAGUUCCGGACGAGGCCGAGGUGUUGCUCGGACCUGGUCUGGAAGUAUUGCCCCGACUAGAAGAGGAGAUCCAGCAAGGGAAGCGACCGAAGUUCGAUUUUGUGUUCAUUGAUGCGGACUGGGAUAACCAGUGGCAGUAUUUCGACUAUGGUGUCAAACUAGCCAAGGGCCCUGGGGCUGUCAUAUUGAUUGACAACGUCGUUCAGGCCAUGCUGGGAGAUGGGAUUGUGGGGCCGGAGAAACGUAAGCAAGGAGCUAUAUCCGUUGUGGAAAAGGUUGGACAAGAUAGGCGAGUGGAGGCAGCUCUUGUACAGACUCUGGGUACAAAGAGCCACGAUGGAUUCCUGAUGGCUCUGGUUGUAUAA